AUGUCCGGAGAAUACAAAGGAGUAAAAACAAUAAUUAGUAAAUUAAUAGGUCAUGAAGUUAUUUUUGUUCCAUGUUGUGCACAUAGAUCAAAUAAAAUUGUAGAACAUUCUACACAAAAUAGUUUAGAAGUAAAAAAGUUUUUUGAUUUAUGUGAAAACAUAUAUGUUUUUAUAACUGGAAGUACAAAACGUUAUUCAGUUUUACGUGAUAUCUAUUCAACAUCAAUGAAUGAAGAUGCUUUAUCAGUGAAACAGUCAACAGAUACUCGUUGGAGUUCACAUUAUAACAGCAUUAUUGCAAUUUAUGAAUCAUUUACUGAAAUUAUUCAUGUACUUGAUGAAUUAUGUAAUGAUAAUGAUAAAAUGACAAAACUUGAAGCACGUGCUAUUCGUGAAAAACUUGUUUCAUAUGAAUUUUAUUGUAUAUUGUUAUUUAUAAAACAUUUGAUGUCUAUAACAAAUGCAUUAACAACAACAUUACAAGAUGAAAAUUUAGAUAUAUUAUUAGCUAUAGAUACAUUAACAAAAACUAUUUGUUUAUUAAAUAAAAUAAGAAAUGAUGAAGAUACAAUAAAUAAACUUUUAGAACUUGCUAAAGAACGUAUGCUUACACAUUAUGAUGUGGAUGCUGAUGAAGAAUUUGAUAAAAAACAUCGACGUCGUUUUAAACCAUUACGAAUUGAUUCAAAUGCUCAUAAUGAAGCAAUACUGUGCAGAGAAGCAUAUUAUAGAAAAAUAUUUUAUCAAAUCGUUGAUCAAUUGAAUAAUGAAUAUGUUGAUUUAUUAACAACAUUAGAAGAAAAAUUAAAAUAUUUUAUUAGUCUAUGGCCAUCAAAAAUAAAUAAUUUCCGGACAGAAGAUGCUGAACAAAUUAAAACUAUUGUUCCUGGUAUUGAUAGUAGUGAUUUAUUAUAUUAUGAUGUUCAAUUAUUAAAAGAAAACUUACACGAAUGUUCAUCAAUUAAAGAUAUUAUGACUUUGUUUUCGAAAAAUAAUUACAAAUCCUUAUAUCCACGUUUGUAUCGUGUUUAUACAUUUAUAUUGUCAUUGCCUGUAACUGUUGCAUCGAAUGAAAGAAUGUUUAGUCGUUUAAAAUUAAUAAAAAAUUAUUUAAGAUCAAAAAUGUUUGAUGAUCGAUUAAUGAAUUUAAUAUUAUGUUCAUCAGAAAAAGAUAUAUUAGAUUCCUUGAAUUUGGAUGAAUUAGUUACAGUAUGGGGAACAAAAACAAGAAGACAUCUCCCAACUCAAUGA